GCCGAGCCGUCGUAGAAAUUAACCAUUGAAGUUACGUGAGUAGUAUAGACUGCCUAAGCGAGUGCUAUGUGUGUGCUAGUUACUAUGCACAGCCGCUAACAUUAACAGUAGCAUUAGCUUUGUGCUAAUGUUAGCUUGCCGUUUAACCUUGUGACGUGAAAUGCGUCGCGUUGGGACGGCUCCAGGUCCGGCACACUUUGUGGUACACUUUGUCCUGGUCAACAGAAAGUAGUUAACACCCGGUGUGAAAGACUUUGUCAGACCUGCACGUAUUUUUUUAACUUGUACUAUAUAGGUUGGCUUCCAGCUUGAUUAUACUUGUCGCCAUGCAUAUUAAAAAAAAGACGAUAGCCACUUUAAAGCAGUUUGACGUUGGAAACAAGCUCUCAUUUCUACCGGUGCUGCCCAAAGCGUCCGUACUGAUCCCACUGUUUGUGAGGAACGGAGAGCUGUACACCUGGAUGACCCUGCGCUCAAAAGAGCUGCGGACCAGCGGUGGUGAGGUGUGUUUCCCUGGAGGGAAGAGGGACCCCAGUGACAAGGAUGAUGCAGACACAGCUCUGAGAGAGGCAGAGGAGGAGAUAGGUCUACCACCAGAUGAGGUUCAGGUUGUUUGUAGACUCUUCCCUGUCAUCAGUAAGAGUGGUCUGCUGGUGACCCCAGUGAUUGGCUUCAUAGAGGAGUCGUUUUGUCCCAGUCCUAACCCAGCUGAGGUCAGUGCUGUGUUCCCAGUCCCCCUGGACUUCUUCACCAGUGAGAAGGACCACUAUGCUGCCCACGGUGCUGCUGGGAUGGUGGGGCCGUUGCACUCUUUUCAUUUUGUGGAUCCUGAUUCGGGAACCCAGUAUUGCAUAUGGGGACUGACUGCCAUGCUGGCCAUACUGGUUGCUGCCCUUGCUCUCAGGAAAAAACCUGAGUUUGAUGUUGGUUUUAACUCUGAGGAUCCAUCAUCUUUCUUCCAACAGAUCCUGCAUAGAAGAAUUAGUAAACUAUGACCAGCUGAUUUCCUGAUGUUAGCAAUCUAGUCAUUUGUACCAAUAUAUUGUAAAUGAAGCCACAUUUGUUGCAUGACUUGUGUAUUAAUUUACUACUUUGUGAGAAUAAGAGUGCAAUGUGAAACUUGACCUACAUGCAGUAUUUUUAUUUAAAGAGAUAAAUAGAAAAACUUUUUGGGGCUUCGUAUAACGAGUGCAUCUAAAUCUUAGAGGAGGAGACAAAAAGACGCAAAUCAAGAGUCUUAAGUUUUUAUUAAUUCAUUUAAUGUAGCAGCAGGAUUACAGAUAUAAACAGAAGAGUAUACAAAUGUCCAGACCAAGGCAAAAUACAUGUUAAUAAUAGUUAAGAUGUAUGAUAACACACUGGGGUUGACCUUUAUCCCGACUGCAGGGUCUUAAGGCUAGAUACUAAAGCUCAAGCUACACAGAACGGAUACAACAGAACUGUUGGAGAAUGUGAAAUAGAUAGUGAACUAGGAAAAGUGAGCAAACUGAUUACACACAAGAUACAGCUCACACUAUUGGCAAUUAACAGUUAAUUUAUCAUGGUUGCUCCUUUUGAUCAAGCAUUUCACAGCAACAAUAGUAAUGUUGACAAGCACAUCAACACAAGAAAGCUCUCCAUAAAACAAUCUCCACUGUCUCGUCCCUUUUACCUCACAUGUACAAAUCUCAUGAGGCAUGGAAAAAAAAACAAUUUCAACAGAAAAUAAAGUUGACAAUUCACUGGUGAAGCUGCACAAUAUUUUGUUGAGAGUACUCACUCUGAUAUCUUGCGAUGGAUUUCCAAACAGAAAAUGUUCAAAAAAAUAUGCAAUGGGCUGUGGUUAUGCUUGUGUUUAGAAAUAAAAAUUCAAUCACUGAAAAGUGUCCUGAUGUUAAACAGUCCUAGAGAAUAAAAAGGACGUGGAGCCAAAUAGCAGUGACACAAAAGGGACACCAGUAAACACAGCAGAGUAACAGUUAAGUUAUCAAGGCACACAAAGUUCUGUUGAAAGCAUCACAAUUGAAAUUCAAGAUACCCCUGCAGUAUAUUUGACAUUUAAAUAUACAUGGAUAUUCAUUUACAUGACUGAAGGACAAAAAACAAUAUUGUGUAAAGAUUUGUGUGCUAUCUUCACUGCCAUUAAAUUCCUGUUUCACGUGGUUUCUUUCAGGUGGAAGUGGCUAUUUGAAGAGUCAGACUGAGCAUCCUGGAUUGCUCGAAAUGAAAACGACUGGACAUGAAAACAUGAAAUUACGCCUCAAUCCAAGACAAAAUCUGACAAACGUACAGUGAUACAAAUGACAUUUGGUGCCACCCCACCCAUCCCCUCUGCCUCAAAAUAUAUGUUCUCUAAAACUGUAAUUGGUCCGAUGUUAGAUGUAGAGCAAGCUCUAAGUCCACACCAUGAGGUAAAACUUACAUUCAUGAAACUGAAGUCACAGGUUGGCUUUCUGUGUUGGUAUGGCUUUAAGAGGCAUUACUGUUCCGCACUUCUUCUGCAAACAUCAUGUGCUCUUAACUCCCCUACCCAAGAGGAAUGGAAUGCUUGGAAACAUCACUACUGCGCUCUAACCCGACCUACAGUUAAUGGAUGAGUCAAAGUGCCAUUUGAGAUGCAUGACAU